UAAUUUUCACUUUCGCUGUACUCCAAUUGGGAUAUAGGCGCGACAAGGAAGAAACCUGGCGUCUAUUCUCUACACACUGACAGAUUUUGAUCUAAGCUACUUGCUGGUUGAAAUAACCACUCCGGUAUUUCUGUGUGUCUCCUCAGUACAAAGGGCGGGUGUGUACAGAGUCGAAACGGAAAAGUUUUUAGACGCGCAAAGAAAAAGAAGACCGCUGCAGUUAGCAGAAAUGAUUGCAUCUAGUUUCAGGGAUUGUCAGGCUUGGAGGGCAGAGGGUCUACCAUUGUCCACAUCCAGCAAUGAGGCCUGCAAAAUGUACGAUGCUAUACUCACACAGUAUGUAACCUGGCGCAAUGAUGAGACCCUUGGAGGAGUCGAGGGAUGCAUCUCUGCACUCAAGUCAGCUGACCCUGACUUUGUGAUGGGUCAUGUGAUCAGCACGGGGCUGGAGCUGGUGGGGACAGGGAGUUCGGUUCUUCUGAACGAGCGCCUGGCCAGCGCGGUGAAGAGGACCGUAGAGCUCGGCCAGAUCCAGCAGGACAUUACCACCAGGGAGAGGCUGCACGUCAGGGCCAUGGAACACUUCUCCAAGGGGAGUUUCCCUAAGGCGUGUGAUGUUUGGGAGGAGAUCCUAGUGGAACACCCUACUGACCUGCUCGCCCUGAAGUUUGCCCAUGACGGCUUCUUCUACCUGGGGGCCCAGACCCAGAUGAGAGACUCUGUGGCCCGGGUGCUGCCUCACUGGAAGCCCCACAUGCCUCUCUAUAGCUACCUAAAAGGCUUAUAUUCCUUUGGACUUCUGGAGACUCAUUUUUAUGACCAGGCUGAGAAAAUAGCUAAAGAGGGCCUGGCUCUAACCCCGGAGGAUGCCUGGUGUGUCCACUCUGUAGCUCACGUCCACGAGAUGAAGGCUGAGGUGGAAAAGGGCCUCAAGUUCAUGGAGAGCACAGAGAAAGACUGGGUGGGAUGUGACAUGCUAGCCUGUCAUAACUACUGGCAUUGGGCCCUAUACUUCAUCGAAAAGGGACAGUAUGAUGCAGCUCUGAACAUAUUUGACAGCCAGGUGUCUCGGCGUGGUAGGGCUUCAGGGGCCAUGCUGGACACUGUGGACGCCUGCUCUCUACUCUACAGACUGGAGAUGGAGGGUGUGUGCGUGAAGGACCGCUGGCGGGAGCUGCAACAACUCACAGAGCCCCACACUGACGACCAUGUGCUGGUGUUCAACGACCUCCACUUCCUCAUGUCGUCGCUGGGAGCCAAGGAGUCCGGGGGAGCGGCCCAGUCCCAGCGCCUGCUGGAGGGCCUCCGGGAGCGGGCAAAUGUUCCAGAGGAGAACCACCAGCACCAGCUGGCUGGCAGCGUGGGGCUGCCCAUGUGUCAGGCCCUGCUGGAGUACGACCAGGGCAACUACAGCCGCGCCGUGGAGCUCCUGCAGCCCAUACGCUACCGCAUGAUGGAGAUAGGAGGCAGUGACGCGCAGAGAGAUGUCUUUAAUCUGCUGCUGAUUCACGCAGCAAUGAAGUCAGGAGUGACCCAUCACCAGAAAUUAGCCAGAUGUCUGUUGGUGGAGCGUGAGGCAGCUAAGCCCAACUCUCCCCUCACUGACCGGCUGAUCCAGAGAGCCCAUGUCCUGCAUGCCUAGCCUGGGCACAGAGGGCCUAAAGCUGGAUGACACUGAGUCUGGACCAGGGGCUACUGCAGAGGUACCCUUCCCAAAUUGACUGGAUGUUUGGUGGAAGAAUAUGGCCUUUAUUCUUCAGGUACAUGGACCUAAUAGAAACGAUCACCUGGAUCCUCAACACGGUCUAUUAUCAAUGAUCAAUAUCCAAUGAUGUUUUGUAUACCUUCAACAUUUAUGAAAAUGUUAUGUUCAAUUGAAUGUUCUGUAACACAACAUUUACAGUAUGUUAUAUAGCAAAUUAUAUUAGCAAACACACUUUGAAAUAUAAAUAAUACGUCAUUUUCAGAAAAGAAUAUCCUCAUGUCAAUAUAAAUCAUAUUUAAAAUCAUGUAAUAAAUAAACACUUUCAAUGUCAA